AUGGUAUACUUUUACUUUGGAUUCGACGAUUUCAUGUGCCAGAAUCUCUCAACGUUCCUAAAAUCAGCGUUGGAACAGCUUUGUUAUCGAGAGAAAGUACUCGCACUGGUUGAGGCCUUGCACCAGCAGUAUUGCCCCGGGCCACCAUCACUGCAAGCGCUAAAGACUCGAUUUUUUACGGCAAUCGAGCUUCUCUGCGCCGGAGAAGAAGAACCAGACUCCACAGACUCUACAGUCUCUAUAGGCUCUACAGAGCCUCUUGAAGAGACUGUAGUGUCUGGUGCCACCUACCUCGUCUUGGACGGCAUUGAUGAAAUACCGUAUGGUCCUGAAUGUGAAAUGGUUAUCCAGUUCCUCAGCCAAUUGGCUGCUCACCAGCACCGUCGACUACAUAUUCUCGUAUUCAGCAGGCCUGAAUGGGAUAUCGAAACAAGCGUUGUACUCAGCUCCUCUUGGACGGCUUUGAGAAUUACUUCUGCAGACAUCGAACCUGACGUGAAAACCUACGUCGUAAAUCAGAUUGGACUUAAUCAUAAGCUAAGAAAGCAGCCUGAACAUGUCAAGGACGACAUCGUCAAAAAGUUGGUGUAUGGUUCUGGUGGAAUGUUCCGGUGGACCGCACUCCAAAUGCAGGAGUUGAAUUCGAGACGAAUUAUGCGCAGAAAGGAAAGUACGUCCAUCCUAUCAUCUCUCCCGAUUGAUCUGGAUUCUACAUACGAACGAAUACUGGCCAAGGUUGAUUCAAACUUUGUGGAUGAAGCUGCUGCCGCACUUCGGUGGCUUGUCUCUGCAAGUCGCCCUCUAUUUGUGGAAGAGCUGGCUGAAGCCUGCAUCAUCCGGGUUGAGGACCCCUGUCCGUUUGACCGUGAGAAUCGACUUAGUCCGUUGGACAUUCUCGAUCUUCUCCCUGGCCUCAUCAAAGUAGAGCCAGCACCUGAUCCAUCCAUAGACCUACGGCUCCGAUUUCACACAGUCAGCCUAGCACAUUUCUCAGUGAAGGAGUACCUUCUCGGUCAGCGCAUCUGUUCAGGUCCUUUGAAAAUAUUCGGCGUCGAUGCAAAGCUGGCUCACAGCUACAUAGCCCGCUGCUGUCUGGCCUACAUUUCGUGCUGCAAUGACGUUGUGUUGUCGCUUAAGAUUGAUGAUCCGGCUGAUUCACUGAGACCAUACGCCUUUUCAGAGUGGACACAUCAUGCAUCAAUGACACCACAGGAUCUUCUCCGUGACGUUUCGGCUCAGGCAUUGGAAGUCUUUCGAAAUCCGGAGACAUGUCUCACCAUGAACGCCAUCACCAACCUAGUUCAGCGGACAAAAAGUGGCGGCUUCAGAUCACAGCUCUCCAUUCCUUUCAAUUCGUACAAGACAACAGACUGGCCGCGAUAUUACAUGCUGCUGUAUGCUAUCAGGCUGCAGAAUUUAACCAUGGUGAAGCUUCUUCUCGAGCAGGGCCUGGACCUCAGCAGCAAUGCUAGAACCGACGACUUUCUUGUACUGGCCUUAGAUUCACAACAACUUGAUAUUGCCGAGUUACUUCUGGACAAUGGCUACGAGCCGGGAAGAUCCGAGCUGCUCCUGGGAAUGACACACGCAACACCUCACAUUUUGACCGCCUUUGUCGACUUGAUAUUCUGGUUCCUCAACAUGUCUACCACAGCUACAGAUGGUGGGGCUAAGCAGCUUCCACUAGGGGCUGUAGACGAUGCGACGAUGGCGACAAUCACAGACGACGAGAAGGCGCUGAACGGCCGCGGCAACCCAUCGGCAGACGCAGCAGCACCGGCUGGAAAUGGACCAUCAAAUGUUCAGCCACCCCGAUCGACGAUACAGAUUUUUCUGCUUAUGACGGCGGCGUGUAUGUCCGUCUUCUUGGCGGCCCUCGACAUGACCAUCAUCACGACGGCACUGCCAACGAUCGCCGAGCACUUUGGCUCAUCGGCUGGCUUCGCCUGGGUCGGCUCGGCCUUUAUGUUGGCGGCGGCGGCCAGCACGGCGAACUGGGGCAAGUUCAGCGACGUGUGGGGCCGCAAGCCGGUGUUGCUGGCGGCGUCGGCCGUCUUCUUUCUGGGCUGCGCUCUCUGUGGUGCGGCCACGAGCCUGGCCAUGCUGAUUGCCGGACGUGCCGUGCAGGGCGUCGGGGCCGGCGGGCUGCUGACGCUGGUCAACAUCAUCAUCGGCGACAUCUUCUCGGCGCGCGAGCGCGGCAAGUACUACGGCAUGAUCGGGAUGGUGUGGGCGACGGCGAGCGCGUUGGGGCCGAUCGUGGGUGGCGCACUGACGAACAACGUGUCGUGGCGGUGGUGUUUCUAUAUCAACUUGCCCAUCUCCGGAACGGCCUUUUUCAUCAUCCUCUUCACGCUGCACCUGCCGACGCCGCACACGCCGCUGCUGGCCGGGCUGCGCUCGAUCGACUGGCUCGGCAGUCUGCUGAUCACGGGCGGCACGCUGAUGCUGCUGAUGGGUCUGCAAUACGGCGGCAACGCGUAUCCAUGGCGAUCGGUGACGGUGAUCUGUCUGAUCGUCUUUGGUGUCGUGACGCUGGUGCUGUUUGGGCUGGUCGAGCAUCGGCUGGCCGUGUACCCGCUGCUGCCGACGCACCUGUUUGCGAGCCGGUCCAACGUGGCGGUGCUGUGCGUCUGUCUGUUUCACGGGCUGGCCUUUACACAGGCCAUCUACUUCUUGCCGACUUACUUCCAGGCAGUGCUGGGCGCCACGCCGCUGCUCUCGGGCGUCUAUCUGCUGCCGGUCUGCCUGCCGGUCUCGCUGUGCGCUGCCGGCAGCGGUAUCUACCUCAAGCGCACCGGCCGGUUUCGUGAUCCGAUCAUCUUGGGACUUUUGCUGGCCGUCUUGGGCUCAGGCCUGCUUCUGAAUCUGCCACGCGGCCGCAAUGUGCCCUCGACCUCGUCGGCUUGGGCCCGCAUCGUCAUCUACCAGGGCAUCACUGGCGCCGGCAUCGGGCUCAACUUCCAGCCGCCCCUUGUCGCCCUGCAGAGCAACGUGCCACCGCAGAACAACGCCAGUGCUACUGCGUUUUUCUCUCUCACCCGCAAUAUGGCCUCGGCCAUUGCUGUCGUCGCCGCCAGCGCUGCUUUUGCCAACCGCAUGACUGCCCAGCGUCCUGCCAUCCUCGCUGCUGCCGCCGGCAAUGCCUCCCUCGCCGACAUGCUCUCCGGCGAUGCUGCCCAGGCAAACUUGCUCCUCGUCGAUCGCCUUCCCCCAGACCUCCGUUCCGUCGUCCGUGCGGCCAUGUACGACGCCGUCCGUCCUGUCUGGAUCCAGACGACCUGCUUCGCUGCCGCCGGCCUCAUCGCCUGCCUCUUCAUUCACGCCAAGCCGCUCCAGAGCGUCCACGAGACCGUCAACACCGGCAUCGAAGGCGAAAAGGAACGUCGUCGCAUCGCCCUCGAACAACGCGCUCACAGAAAGGCUACCCGUGGAGAGCCACAGGUCCGCGGGAAUGGCCCUGCAAAGGAAGCCGCCGAGGUUUGA